CUAAAACAAAAUAAAACUAAACGUGCACUUUGGCGAAAUCUGCAACUUAUCACGCAUUCACAAUUUCGCCCCAACUUUUCUUCUUAAUUCAGCAAUUGACCCCACUAUAAUAUGAAUAUUAUCGCGAAACUCUCUCUCUUCUGCUGAGUUGCUUGAAUCAAUGGACGAAUCCUUCACCAACAUCCCCAGCAGCCACUUUGUUGGCUCCGUGCCGGCUGUUGUUAGUGAAGAUAAGAAAACCGCUAACCCGGAAGUUCCAGGAGCAAACUUGCAAAUAUUUCCUCCCAAUACCAAUAAUCAGGGCUACCAAACGAUUGGCGGUCCCAGUGAUGAUGGUGGUCAACAGCCAACAAACAACUGGAAGGGAGUAUUCAGCAUCUAUUCAUACACACAAUAUUUUAAUGUAGACACCGACGUUGUUUUAAACAGAUUGAUAAGUUCUUUGUAUCCUACAACUGGAGACUUUGUCAACAAGAUUGAUGCAAACCCAGACCUCUAUGGGCUUGUCUGGAUCUCUACUACAUUGGUUUUUUUGAUUGCCUCCCUUGGGAAUUGUGCCACCUACUUAAUGAACAGCAAAGGCAACCCAAAUAUCACAUGGGCAUUUGAUGUCAACUAUGUAAAUGUGGCAGCAGGCUCUAUUUAUGGAUAUGCUCUCGUAGUUCCUCUGGGAUAUUACUUUUUACUUCAGUACUUGGGUGCAAGUGUCAGCCUCGUACGCUUUUGGUGCUUGUGGGGAUAUUCCCUUUUCAUUUUCAUCUUGACUUCUUUUCUGUUGCUGAUUCCCCUUGAAUUUCUUCGGUGGAUUAUCAUAUUGAUUGCUGGUGCUGCAUCAGCCAGCUUUGUCAGUUUGAACCUCAAGAAUUACAUACAAACCACUGAUACGAUGAUUGUGGUUGUCUCUGCAUUCGUGCUGCAAAUGGGUUUGUCGAUCUUCAUCAAGAUGUGGUUUUUCCCCUAGCUUGGUACUCACGUAUGGUAAGGUGUCGUAGCUUUUUAUGUUUGAAUACAGAACUGGACUUGCAAGCCUUGUAAACGUUCUUUUCCACCGUUUAGCAUAUAGUUGGUUACUUGUGUAUUUUAAGCAGUGGUGUCUGUAUAUUCUCAAAUGCUUUUGGUUGGAACUUUGGAAGGAUGCUGGUUUUUGGUCAA